UUUGGCCUCGCAAAGUGCUGGGAUUACAGGUGUGAGCCUCCUCGCCCGGCCCGGACAUCAAUUUAAAUCCAGUAUUAUCCUCUUGUGGUCUUGAGCAGUUCAUUUAGUCGCCCGCGCCUCAGUUUACUUGUCUGUAAAAGUGGGGGUAUUAAAAGUGCCUGCUCACAAAGUUCUUGUGAAGAUUAAGUGAGCUACUGUAUAUAAAGGUUAUCCAACAGUACCCAGCACAAAGAUGCGCUCAGAAGUGAUCAUUAUUAUGAUUCCAGUGCUCCACAAAAAAGACACAGGCCUGAACUAACGAAAUGGAAAUUGAAAGGGGGAAAGUUAGCUAAAGAGAGAGUCAUUCUUCCCGGACUGCUUAAUUAUUGUGAAUAACAUUAGAGAACCAGGGAGGUACCUACUAGAGGUGCGGGCCACGAGGGGGCGCCCCAGGACCUCGGCGUCCUCGUUGCCCGUGGCAACCGGCAAUCCCUGGCUCUGGCUUAGGAGGGGCUCAGCUAGAACGGCAAAAUGGCCCUGAGCCCCUGGACCCCAGGGCUGGGCGCUGGCGAGAAGCUGGUGCAGGCGGCCGCCGUCUCCACCGGCCCCUCCCUGGAAUUAUGCACUUUCCCCUCCACCCUGGGCUCCUCCGUCGCGGUCGCGGCGCUGGAGCAGCUGUUUGUUGUGGAACGAUCACUGCAAAGUGACUAUUUUAAAUGUAAUGAAGAAGCUAAGAUCUUUCUUAAGGACAUUGCUGUAGCUGUUAAGAAAUUGGAAGAAAUGAGAAAAGCCACAAUCGAUCUUUUGGAGAUUGAAAGCAUGGAACUCAACAAACUAUACUAUCUAUUGGAAACUCUUCCCAGUAGCAUUAAGAGGGAAUUGGAAGAAUGUGUCAGAGACGCUCGCAGAUUAAAUCUUUUUGAGAAAAAUACAAUAAAAAUGAGAAUUACAAGGACAGAAAAUGAAAUAGAGCUUCUGAAGAAGAAAAUAACUGACCUGAAAGAAUAUAAUGAAGCUCUGGGGGAGAAGCAGGAAGAGCUAGCAAGGAAGCAUGCAAGGUUUGUCCUGUCACUCAACAAAAUUAUGGAGAAAAAAGCCACCACCACUGUUUACAUAAAUGAGACUUAUACCCAAAUAAAUUUGAAGAGAGAAGACAUAGCAUUGCAAAAAAAAUGUAUUCAAGAGGCAGAGGAGCUAAUGGAAAAAGAAAGGGCAGAAUAUCUGAUAAGAAAACAAGAGUUGACUGCACAGAUUAAUGAAUUUAAAGAUAUCUGUGAAAUAAAGAGAGUGGAGACUUAUAAAAAGAAGAAAGAAUUGGAUAAAUUACAAACUAAAAUGUCAAAAAUAAAAGAAACAGUUACUGUUUCCGCAGCGGUUCUUAGUGAUCACAAUUUAGAGAUAGCACGACUACAUGAAUCAAUAAGGUUUUGGGAACAACAGGUCAAUGAGCUAAAGAAAGCCCUUGCAAUUCUGGAGGCUAAACUGUGUUUUUUCGCAGAUAACAAAGAAAAACUGGAUGAUACAUCUAAUGAUGAAAAAAAUGAAUUCCUGAACAAGAUAAAACAGCUGGUUGAAACACUGCAUGAUGCUCGUAUGGAACACAAAGACCUACGAGAGAAAAUGAAAACUCUUGCCAGACAAUAUAAGAUUGUUUUAAGUGAGGAAGAAAAAGCUUUUUUGCAAAAACGAAAGAUCUAUGAUGAAAAUCAGAAACAGCUGACAUAUAUUACUCAGAAAGAAUACUUUCUGUCACAAAAGAGAGUAGACAUCAAAAAUAUGGAAGAAGGACUCAUCACACUCCAGGAACUUCAACAAGCAACAAAAACAGUAUAUCAGCAACAAAUCAAAAUCCUGAGUGCUAACCUGGAAAGAGAAAGUCAGAGAUGUGUUAUAACUCAGUGGAAAAUAGCUUGCCUGAGAAAAAAGCAUGCACGUUGGACAGCUCAGAUAACAGCUGAGAUACAAGCUAUUACAGAAAAAAUUCAGAAUGCAGAAGCUAGACGAAUUGAAUUACUUAACGAGACCAGUCUCAGAGAAAAGGAGAUCAAUGACUUUGUGGCACAGAUUGAAAAACUUACAAUAGAAUUGAAAGAAGAAGAGAAAGCAUUUAUUAACAAAGAAAAAAUGUUAAUCAAAGAGUUAAGCAAGUAUCAGGAAAUAUUUGUUAAGGAAACACAAAUUAACAAAGAAAAGCAAGAAGAACUAGUUGAGUGUCUUCCGCAACUUCAGGUGGCAGAACAAGAGUAUAAAGAGAAAAAAAGAAAGUUACAAGAGCUCAGUAAUGCUAUUACAGCACAAAGACAGGAGGAGGAUUUGCUGAACAAUCAUAUUUUUCUGUUUACAAGGGAUUUUUCAAGAUACAUUAGCAACACGGAGGAUAUAAAACAAGAAUUAAAACAAUUACGAGAUCAAGAAAGCAAAAAAACCAAAGAUCAUUUUGAAACUCUAAAGAACUUAGAAAAUGGAUUCUAUAUAAAUGACCAAAAAGCAGAUCUUCUGCUCCUGGAAAAUACAAAAUUAAAAGAAUACAUUUUAUACUUGAAGAAUAACAUAGAGAAAUACAGAAAAGGACAAGAAGCCCUCAUGCACACCUCAAAUGACUUGUCUCAGCAACUAAUAGCUCAGGAGGCACAAUAUAAGGAUUUGUGGGCUGAAUUUCAGACCACAGUUAAGAUCUUGGUGGACAAUGGUGAAGAGACUUUGCAUGACAUGAAAAAUCUAACAGACAAGCUGUGUGAAAGAGAUGAAAAAAUGCAGCGUGUCAGUACAUGGCUACAAGGGAGUCUUGAAGGGCUGCGUUCGCUUGUGAAACAGGAAUCACCAAUGGACCUUCUUAAAAAGAAGAAACACAUUCGUACCAAGAGUUCAUUUCCCAGUGGUUAAAUGUACUGAGAAAAAUACAUUAACAAAGAAUAACUAACAAAAUAACUCAAGGAUACAACUGCUGUGAAUUCAAAAGACAAACAGAACUACAGGAAAAGUGAGUGCACUUGCUUUCACAUUUUGCAGCUGUUAACAGAAGUCUUAAACAUUUAAAAUUUAACUAACUCACACAACCUCCACCAAGUAGCAGAAUCAAUAAAUAAAAUUCUAAACAAUAAAAAUGGA